GUCAAUAUAGCCGAAUUCUACCAUGUUCCGUACGAACCGGACCAGAGUAUCAUGUCUGCCCUGGCAGGCAGCACCACUACGUCCUCAACUUACAAGGAUUCACGUAGAGCAAUUCUGACUGCUGCCACCUUGUCGAGAGAUGGUGCUUGUUCGAGUGAACCACGUGGCAGUUUUCAAUCUCACUAUGUUUACCGACGCCCCAACUUCGGCCCGGGUAAUUUCGGCGCACCUCGCCCACCCGGUCAUCAUCUAUCACAUGGCACAUAUCAGUCAUCUCAUGCUUGGCGCACACCAACUAGUAGUCGAUGGCCCUCUCCUCGCUUACCUCAGUCCAGUUCAAGUUCGACUGCUGGAGCCAAUCAGACACCGGAGACCGGAGUACCAGGAUUCUCAUUUCGUGCACUGGAGGCGCAGUUACAGUUAGACACGGUCAAAUCAGCCGCGGAACUCGGGUUCACUGACACCGAGGCCUAUACCGCUCCGGGAGAUUUGUCCCAGAAAGACCUGUUAGCUUACCAACAGAGUGAUGUAGAAAUGUUUGAGAUUGGAUCAAUACCACUAGAUUCACCACCUAAAUCUCUUUGUACAUAG